UUCAAGGAAAUGAGGAGUUUACUUGGAGUUGAAGAGAUCAAGCUUCCCAAAGUUCAUGUUGGAAUUAAGGGGGAGAAUGUUGGAUAAUUCCAACUUGAAGAACAAGCUAUCUCCUAGGAAGUUGCCUUAAGAGAUAGAAUAGGAAAAGGAAAAGUUCCUAAAGUCUUAAGUUGUAAUAUGUUAAUCCUAAUAGGUUUAGGAAAAGAUGAAACAUAUAAAUAUAUGAGUCUAUGGAGAGGUGUUCCAUGAGACUAGAGAGACUUGAGAGAUUUAGUUUUUGAGAAGUUUUCUAAAUCAAUAAGAGAGGUGUUCUUAUAUUCUUCAAGUCUUUAAUCUUAUAGAAGUAGAAUUGUUGUAAUUACAAAAGAUAAGCAUCUUCUAAGGGCCCAUGAUAUCUUUCAUAUUUAUGAGGUAUGUCUCCCAUCUCAAGAACUCUCUCUUGAAAUGUUUUGUCGAUCUGCUUUUAAGCAAAAAUCUCCACCAGAUGGUCUCAAGGAGGUUGCUUCUAAAAUUGCUAUGCAUGCCGGUAACCUUCCUUUGGGUCUUAAUGUUUUGGGUUUGUAUUUACGGGGUAUAGACAAAAAGGACUGGAAAAGUAUGUUUCCAAGCCUUCGUAGUAGGCUGAACGGAAAAAUUGGGAAAACACUAAGAAUCAGCUACGACGGGUUAAAUAACGAAAAAGAUGAAAAGAUAUUUCGUUAUAUUGUAUGCCUCUUUGAUGGUGUAAAACUUAAUGAUAUCAAGCAGAUGUUAGCAGAUAGUGACUUGGAUGUUACUGUAGGGUUAAAAACCCUUGUUGAUAAGUCCCUCGUACAUGUAAACCAUGAUACUGUGAAGAUGCACACUUUACUUCAAGAAAUGGGAAAAGAAAUUGUUCGUACACAGUCCAAUGAGCCUGGAGAACGAGAAUUCCUUGUUGAUCCGAAGGAUAUAUACAAAGUACUUCAAAAUAAAACUGGUACAGAAAAGGUUUUGGGCAUAUCAUUGGACAUUGAUGACACUGAUAAAUUGCAUAUACAUGAGAGUGCGUUCAAAGAUAUGCAUAAUCUAUGUUUCAUAACAAUUUACAUUAAAAAAUGGGACUAUAAGAACGAAGUAAGAUGGCAUUUAUCGGAAGGCUUCGACUAUUUCCCCCCGAAACUUAGACUAUUGAGGUUGGACGGAUACCCAAUGAGGUGUUUGCCUUCUAACUUCCGUCCUGAACACCUUGUUAAGCUUACAAUGCGAAGGAGCAAGCUCGAGAAGCUUUGGGAAGGAGUUCAUUCACUCACAGGACUCAAAGAUAUGAAUUUGGGCAUAUCUAGAAAUUUGAAAGAACUUCCAGAUCUUUCUAUGGCCACUAAUCUCGAGGAACUUUAUCUUGGGUAUUGCUCGAGUUUGGUAGAACUUCCUUCCUCUAUUCAAUAUCUAAGAAAACUGAAGACUCUAGACAUGUCAUUUUGUGCAAAUCUAAAGACUUUACCCACCGGAAUGAACCUCGAAUCUCUCGAUCGGCUUAAUCUCAUGGGAUGCUCACGGUUGAGGAGUUUUCCUAACAUAUCAACCAGCAUCUCAAAGCUCUAUAUGUGGGAAACAACAAUAGAAGACUUACCCUCAAACUUACAUCUAAAAAAACUCACUGAACUUAAUAUGUCUGGGUUGAAGAGUCAAAAGUUAUGGAAAAGAGUUCAGCCGCUUACACCCCUCAUGACCAUGCUAGCCUCUACUUCUUUGACGAGGCUAUGGCUCUCCGAUAUCUCAAGUUUGGUGGAGCUUCCUUCAUCUAUUCAAAAUCUUAGUAAUCUCAAAGAGUUGAGUAUUACAAAGUGCAUAAAUCUUGAAACCCUUCCCACAGGAAUCAACCUUGAAUCACUCGAUAUACUAAAAUUUAGUGAAUGCUCAAGACUGAGAAGUUUUCCCAAUAUCUCAACCAACAUCUCAACGCUUGAUCUAGAAGGAACAUCAAUAGAAGAGGUUCCAUGGUGGAUCGAGAACUUCCAUAAGCUCAAAUAUCUUAUACUGGCAUAUUGCAACAAGCUAAAAUAUGUUUCCCUAAGGAUCUUUAACUUGACACUUCUUGACACAGCUAAGUUUCUAGACUACGGAGCAUUUAUUGAAGAUAGCUUCAACUUUAAUAUAGUCCAAGUCCGGCGACAAAGGUUGACGACACUUCUUUCGUUCUAG